AUGGCUUCUCAUAGCGACACUGAGGAGAAACGAGCCCCGAUUCUGAGAGAGGACGAUCGGGAGAGGCACGCGAGCAGUGAGAGCGGUCUCAGAGCCGGCCGCAAGGCGAAGCCAUCGUCUCUCCUCCGAAACGCCUCGAAAUCCAAACAACAAAAUGGCGAACAAGCGAGCGGGCCGCUGGCAGGAAACGGCGGCCCUGGGCUGCUCCGAGCCGACACAGCUCCUGCUCCUCAACCAUUCGCUGCAGAAAGCGAGGAGCACGGAGUUCAGAAAACCGCCGAAGAUCAUGUUCGGAAGAGUUUUCAGAUACCCAAGAAGAACAAAGAAAAGAAAGAGCUUUGUCAGCUAGUACCAGUGGACUCCAGAGAAUUUAAACAAGACAUUUUGAAAAUUCUCAAUUCAUCUUGCUUGGAUACCUCAUCCAGUGCUAACUUCACUUACGUGAAAGCUAGUAUGGUUCACAAUGAACGAUUAGAAAAAGAGUACAUGGAAAAAAGGAAGGAGCUGAGAAAUGAGGGUCGAACUGAAAAGGAGUUGACAGAAUCAUAUGCAUUCUUGCUUCUUGACACUUCCCAGAUUCCCAUUAUUUGUGAGAGAGGAUUGCCAGUGGGGCACUCAAAAGUAACAAUUCUUGGAAAUCCAACAAUGGGUGUUUAUCUUUCAAAAUAUUGUGACAUACUUCAGCCCAAUCCUUUGGAUAGUGGAAGGAAGGCUGAGAUGAUGAUUUUCAAAAUCAUAAAGGGAAGAGUAAAGGCUGUUUUCGAUAACACCACCAAGAAUUUUACACCUCCGACUCCAAAACAUGAUUGCCAUGUGUUUAGAAACCUUAACCGGGUCACUUCACUGUUCACUUACAGAGCAUUUGAUCUUACACAGUUUUAUCUUUAUGAAUUUGGAAAUGAAGGCAUACGACAGUAUCCAAGACAUGUUUGCCCAUAUGCUGUGGUAUCCUUUGUUUACAAGGAAAAAAUUCCCAAAAUACCAAAGCCAGUUGUGCUCAGCAUAGAUGGCACCCAAUCAGGAAAGCCUUACACCAUCUGGAAAGGACAACUUAUGAACAAGGGGAGAUUUCUAUGCUUUGGCAUUUUACAGUCAGCUACUCAACCGUUUCUGCCAUUCAAACUGCCGGAGAAACUUGAUAUUGAAACAGUUAUGAGUGUUGAUUGCUUAAAAAACAAGGUACCAAUAACAGUGUUCCGGAAAAUAACUUUCUCGGGGACAAGAGAAGCACUGAAGAAUGGAUUAUAUUAUAGCUUGUAUGAGUUUGUGGAACAAGGAAAAGCAGGAAGCAAUUUGGAGUCUCUGCUUCAUAAACUGGAAGAGGAAAAACUAGUUCUUAUCAAACCGUUGGGUGAUCGGGGAUUUCUACUUUUAUUUUCUCCAUUAGAGAUGGCAGAUAAUGAAUCUCCAACCUCGAAGCCCAAGUUUCUUCAAGCAUUAUUUUUGUUUCCAGAAUCUAGAUUGAUUGGUAUUGAUGAGAUAAAGAGAAAUGCAGAGUCUGUGUCAACUGUUUGCAAUGAUCCAGAAGUCAUGCUACAGUUAUCCAAGCUCGUACCUGCAUUGCACUUUGCUUUGGAUAAAAUACGAAAAGAGCUGCCUUGUAGCUUAAAGAAUUCAACCAUAGAUGCUGCAUUUGAAAAUAAUUUAAUUGGUUACCUAAAGAAUUCACAAGGAAAAGUAGCUUGUGCUGAAAAUGGAAAUCCUAGUCAAUUUGUCAUUCCCUCUUACGAGGAAAAAAGGUUCUCUUCAACCAGGCAAAAGAGAUCAAAUUUAUCAAGAAUCUUGCGCUCUUAUUUCUUUCACCCUCUUCGCUAUCAGUUUGAAGUUUCCAAAGCUGUUGAGAUGUUAAACCAAUAUCCAGUGUCUGAGACUGAGUUACUGAGCUCACCUGCUACAUGUUUUGGAGAGGAGCAGAAAUUUGAGAAUCCUAUGCCAGAGGUUGCUGUUCAAGAGCCUCUGGAUCCUCAAACGAGCAGCAUCAUAGUUGAUGGUAACUUUGUGAUGCCUUCUGAUAAUAUGGCUGAUUAUGAUCCUGAUAAAAUUCAAGAGCUUAUUGAUUUAAUAUACAGCAGGAAAAGGUUUGGUCCAGGAGAAACUAAUAUAAUGAAUAUUGAAGGACUUACACAUUGUAUAUCUGACAAAAAUAACCUUGGAAUAAAGAGAAAAUUGGAAUCUGUUACUGAGAGGAGCAACAAGCAUAUGAAGACUGCUCAAGGGUCCCUGGCAGUUGAUGAAUCGAGAUUAUCUGAAACUGAUCAAGUAACAAAUGGGCUUGGCAUCAAUGAAUCUGACUUGAGGCAACGUGAACCUACUACAACUUUGGCCCCAGAUACUGAAAAACUGGUUGGCUUGUUGCUUGAUAUAUUCAAAUCUUCAAAUUGUCAGAGCACUGGCUCGGAAGUUCCAUUAAACCAGGAUGCAAGAAUGCCGGUUUGUUCCAGUGGUAGUGAUUUGCAAAGCAAGAAUUUGGAUUACUGUUGGGACCAAAGUAACAGCUUGACUAAUGAGAAAGCACAACCGAAUCAGAAAAACAUCGGUCACACGCCACACACUGAAGCAGCACAUCAAGAGCACACUCAGGAAGCCUCAUUUCCUGUCUUUGAGCGAGAAAGUUCGAGAUUAUGUGGAAGUGGUUCUGGUUUAGCAUAUGUUGAUGAUAUUCAUUUCAGAAUAAAAAUGAAGGACCAACUUUCUGGAGAACAUUCACAGCAGUACAAUUUGAGAGCAGAGUACCCAGAGGAGCAGAGCAUUGGAAGUAUAGGAAGUGCUGAAAGUUGUAGUCCAUGCACAAAUGCCUCCCUUGAACAGCUGUACAGCAAGAAGGUGACCACCUCAGACUGCACCAGUGAUAGUGAAAUCAAUUGGAAACUUAUUCCCAUAACUGAUAUGAAAUCACGGAUUGAACAACUGUUCUAUUUACCACCAGAGGAUUCAUGUCCUGAAGAUCCACGUGUCAUAAAUCGCCAGUCGAACAUUAGUCAUCAGUCGCCUUCCGAUUCUGACGCUGGAGCAAGCAAUGUUCUGAAGGACUUCCAGCCGGAUUUUGCAGCUUAUGAGACCAAUGGGCAUCCAUUUGAUCUGAAGGGUGACUCAGCUUCAGCAAUUGAAAAUGCUGUUCUAUCAGAGUACAGUAAAUUCUCAGAUAAAAUGAAACAGUUGCUUAAGAAAGAAAAGGUCCGAUAUGGUUCUGACAACAAAAAACCAAUAUUUCUUGCUCCACGAAAGGUCCCAGCACUAUCCAGGUAUUCAAAUGUCCAGUCACACCAAGUUUCUGUCCAAAGUUAUAUAAAUAAAUUACGCAAGAGGAUGAACAGUGUAAUUGCUGAUGCAUGCUCUGACUUAUCUUGUACAAAGUUGAAUCUUCUUCCAUCAUCUUCCCCAGAGCUAGCUCAGAGAAUGCAAAAAGAAAAUGUAAACUGCAAAAGAGUCAUACAAGAACUACUCCCAUCCACAGGUUCUCAGUUAAAUACUUCAGUGUGCACAACAGAAGAAUCUGUCCACUGUAAAAACUCCGUAUAUGAAGAAGUGAUUCCCUGUGAAAAGACUCAAGGGCCUGAAAAAGAUCCAAAAACUGGUGUCUCCCUGUCUGAGAGUGCAGUGCAAUCACAAACCUCUGGGCACACUAGCUCAGUCGAUGAUUCCAAUUACAUUGCUGCAGUAGGGGAAGACAAAAGAUUGUCACCAGAGAAAACCCCAAGCUUGGGGAACCAACAGGAUAUGGUGCAUUCAACGCAAGAACCCAGUGGGACUGUGGGGCUUACUGGAACACAACCAUGUUUAACUAACUUAAUUCAGCAAUUAAACCCUGAAGUAUUUUGCAGCUUAGUUGAAAUUAUUAAGGAUGUUCAGAAGAACACAGUGAAGUUUUACAUUUAUGAAGUGGAGAAGACUUCUGUUUGUGCAGAAAUAAAGGAAUAUUUGACCGGAUUGGGUAAUAAGGAAUGUCAUCCAGAGGAGUUUUUGAAAAAAAAGGAUGGUUCGAUGGAUAAAUUACUGAUUAUAAUUCAAAAUGAAGACAUUGCAUCUCACAUUCACAAGGUGCCAUCUUUGAUAUCUUUGAAGAAGUUAUCCCGUGUCAGUUUUGCCGGAGUGGAUAGCUUGGAUGAUGUACAGAAUCACACCUACAAUGAACUGUUUGUAUCUGGUGGAUUUAUGGUGUCGGAUGAAACAGUCCUAAAUCCAGAGUGUGUUACUGUUGAAAAACUUCAGAUAUUCCUGGACUUUCUUAAAGAUUUGAGUACUCCUGAUAGUAAGUGGGUCUGGAAAGUUCACUGCAAAAUGCACAAAAAGUUGAAGGAGCUGGCAAGAACAAAUACAGCAGCUUUCAAUAUUCUAUCGCUGCUGAAUAAGUAUCAGAAGUGUAAUUUAGUCGAAGUUCUAUCUUACCAUGAUUGUGACUCCAGAUCACGAAACACUAUUGAAUUAGACUGUUUAGUUAAACUUCAAGCACAGACAAUACAACACAGACAUGCAGUGUUCCUGACUGAGAAAAAUAUGGAGCCUCUUUUCAAUUACUCAGAGUGUGGAGUGGUCGUAGCCAGUAUUGAUGAUCUUGUGAAGAACUUCAAAAAUCUUAUUGGCUACCAUAGUUCCAGCAUGGAAGAUAAACAGCUGUUAGGAUUAGGAUCUCAAGAUGGCCUGCAAGGUACAUUUUCUUCAAAUUCACUGGAGUUGGCAGAAGUUGGAAAUAUUGAUACAGAAAACUUGGAAAGAAGUGAAGGAAACAAUGAAGAGGAAGAUAUGUCAUUGGACUCUGAAGAUAAUUCACCACAGAUAGAAGUCUGUAGUGAGAAAUCUGAAGAUGUAAAUAUUGUGAAAAGCUCACAAACUGAGGUACAGGGCACAAAAGGUUUGCUGAUCCAUUCGGAGGAGUCUUCACAGCAGGCAUCAGGUGAUGUUCAGAUCACGACAUCAGUGGAUCUCACUUCUGAACUGGCAUCAAACGAUAUUCCUACUUCCACUUUGCAAUUGGUCAAAGGAGAUAAAGAUUCCAAAAGAGUAGAAGGAUUUGCAUAUAACAGUACUCCGUUUUAUUCGCAUUCAAAUGUCGAGUCAGAUUACAGGAACUUUAAUGUAAUUACCCAUCAGAGUUUUCUAACAAGUGGAUUUGGGCAAUCGUACAUGCCUCCUUUAAACCAGAACAGUCAAGACAGCAGCAGUUACUUUUCAUCAGAGUACAAUCAAAACUUACCUUAUAAGAAUAACUGGAAAAAUUCUUGGAAUGCUGGUGGUGCACCAAAUUUGUCUUACCAGCAGCAACAGCAGAAGCAACAUCAGCAGAGAUAUCACUAAAUUCCAACUCCAAACUGUCUUUUGUGGGGAACUUUUGAAAAUUGAACUUACUUUUCAACUGUACAUAAUACAUGUUUCUAGACACUAGUGUCCUUGUGCUGUGGUGCUGAAAGGACUUCUUCGAGGGCAGAGGCAUACAAUGCAUAUGUUGGUUAAUUGAUCUCUGUUUGAGAUGGAAACCAUUACGUUUGUUUGUCUUCUGUUUAAAUAACUACAGUUUCUUGCUGUUUUCUACUUAAAAUGAUUUAGGACUUUUUGUUCUACAGUUGCUUUUACUUGGAAACAAGCAUUUUUAUUCCUGAACCACAUUUCUGUUCUUGAAUAAGAUGUCAAUCAUAUUCCUCCUUAAGACAAAAAAGUUCAGAUCUGGCAGUCAGAAUUAUCAAGAUCUGGAAACUUUAGUACAUCUGUACUGUAAGAACUUCUUUGAAGCAUGUUACAUUGAUGGGUGAUCAGUUUGUGUGUAAACUUAAGUAUAAUGGUUAUUGGCUGUUUGAUCCAUUACAUAUUACCAGCCUGAUCUAUGUAUCUAAAUUGAUCUUUUUUGGUUUAAAAAAUAUUUUUAAUUUUUCAGAAAAAUGCCACAAAAUUCUUCUGACUUGCAGUUAAAUAUUUGAUACAUUUAAUUUAUUUUGUACAAAUGUUUCAUGAACCAUUUUUUUUUUAAAUUCAAGUUGUGUGGUUGCUGUUUGGUAAUGAUGUUUUAUUUAAUGGCCUUACAGCAGACACUGGACUGCGUGUUAACUAAACAUAUUCAUAUACCUCAUUUUCAAGUGUAGAGCCUAUUUUGCCACGUUCAAUUGAGCAUUAAACAAAACACUUGCAUACAAA